AUGAAAGUUCUCCCCAGAAAAGCCGCCUGCUCGGAGAGCGCCCAGGACCCCCAUUUCAGCCUUCAGCUACGAAGAUUCUCCUUUAUGACGCUGGCAGGCAAAGAACCGCCGGCGUUCAUUUCAUCCCAGCUUUCCCCACCCAGCUUAAAGGGCCGGGAAUCGCGGCUGAAGAGCAACACUGACGCCGCUUCUACAGAAUUCCGGUGGAGCCGGAAACAACCGGCCUUCAUUCGCGAGGAAACUUUCGAAGGCGGCCAGCGCACAAAAGCAGGAAACCUCGGGAUUAAAGGCGGGCAGCCGCCUCUGAAGACGCGGGGAGAUAAGCGCCGCGAACAAGUGUCCGGAAUGUUAUUGUUGCUUUGCAUACAGAAUGAAAUCGCCGCAAAUCCAGAUUGGCUGCAAGGAGAAGAACUACGCCGAAGUCGAGAGAAACCGUUUCCCCGCUCCUUUGAACCGCGGCGUCGCAAUCAAGGGAUCCCGGGGUUUCUUGUAGACGGAGGGGACGAAGCCAGAAAGGCGCGCGGAGGAGCGGCUGGCAUCGAGGGAAGGAAGGAGGGGGAGGAGAAGGCCGCUCGCCGCUCGGGGAAGCCCAGGAGCCGCCCGAAGCGAGCCAGGCACAGCAGCGAAGGCGGCAAAAGGCGACCCGCAGCUCCAACCUGCGCGCGGACAAAGCGGCGACGGCCGCCCUCGCAGCCCUCCCGGAGGAAGACGAGAGGGAGGCGGGGGUGGGUGGAGGGUCUUCUGCCGGUGGAGCUCCGGGCGGAGAGGCGCCCCUGA